AUGGCCCGUGCUCCGCCUUCCCCUUUGACCCCCAGCAACAUCCCCCGCAACUUAAGCUACAUCGCGGGCUUGUACGAGAGGGCCUAUUAUCGCACAGCCCGUCCGAGCAUUGCCGAGGAUUCGGGAACCGAAGGCUCCGAAUCUGAGUCCGAAGGCAGGCCGCGAAGCAGGCCCCAGAGACGUCGCCAUCUCUUCAGGGGACCCAAAAGGAGGGGAAGACGCCGGACUCGCUCUGCCCCUGCACAGGGUAGGAGCGGAGGUGCGUCCCGCAGCCGUAGCCCCGGGACUCGCAAGAGGGUCCGCUUCGCCGACUCGCUGGGCCUGGAGCUCAUCAGCGUGCGGCAGUUCUGGCCCAACGAUCUCCCGCAAGUGCCAGAGAGGGUCCACAACCAGCUGAGGCGGGACUCGCUCAGCCACUUUGCUCCGUGUCUGCCGUUCUGCUCGCCGGUGAAGGACCAUUUUGAAUCUUUGAACCUGCAGACUCGGCUGCUGGAGCCAAUGUUCCCAGAUCCUCUGAGCAUGCCUGAUUUCCUGCCACGCCUUCUGGACCAGUGCGUGCUGCUGGAGGGGGUCCGGGCGGAGGGAUCCUGUGUUUCUGGCACCAUCCGUGUGCUCAACCUGGCCUACGAGAAAAGGGUCUGUGUGCGAUACACUUGGGACUUUUGGGCUACCGAGCACGAGGCUCGGGCUUCUUACGCCGCCUCUGCAGGGCGGGACCGGGACCACGCUGACCGCUUUGCCUUCCGCCUGCCGCUGCCCGUUCCGCUCUCUGCAGGGAUGGUGCUCGAGUUUGCCCUCUGCUAUCUGGUGGGAGGGAAGGAAUUCUGGGACAACAACCAGGGACGCAACUACUCUCUGCGGCCUCCUCCUUGCGUGGCUGAAGAAGACGAACUCCCCAGCCCCAUUCAAGAUUGCUGUGAAACUGGCUGGAUACACUUUCUGUAG